AUGAUUUGGAGAAACAUUACCUCGGUGAAUGAAUUUAUAUUUCUAGGACUGACCAGUAAUCCACAAAUAGAAGCUAUUAUUUUCCCUAUAAUCUUAGCAAUGUACAUUAUUACCUUAUUGGCAAACUUUUUCAUUUUUGUGGCAACAAUAACAGAAAGUAGUCUGCACACACCAAUGUAUUUUUUCAUAACCAAUCUGGCUUUUAUAGACAUUUGCUAUUCUACCACAAUUUCUCCUAGGAUGUUGAAGGAUUUAAUGUCACAAAACAAAACUAUUUCAUUUGGAGAAUGCUUAGGACAAAUGUUUAUUGGUCUUUCACUGGCAAAUGCUGAGUGCAUCUUACUUCCUGUAAUGGCGUAUGACCGCUAUAUGGCAAUAUGUUAUCCAUUACAUUAUACCUCAAUUUUAACCAGACAUGUCUGUAUAAGGUUAGUAUCUGGUGCCUGGAUAUGUGGGUGUGUUUUUGCCAUUUUUAUGGUUACCAUUAUUUUCAACUUACCCAUGUGUGGUAAUAAUAAAAUAAACCAUUUUAUAUGUGAACCUCCAGAAGUUUUAGCUUUGGUAUGUGUAGAUUUAGUCUUUUUACAAUAUGCCAUUUUUUUCCUUGGUUUGAUAUUGCUGAUUACACCAAUCACUUUUGUUCUUGCAUCAUAUAUAAAAAUCAUUCAAACGAUCCUAAAAAUAUCUUCCACUGCUGGACGCAAGAAAGCAUUCUCUACCUGCUCAUCUCAUAUGAUUGUUGUUACUUUGUUCUACGGUAUGAUCAUGGUUUCAUACUUAAAACCUAUUACAGUAUAUGCAAGAGAACAGGACAAAAUGAUUGCUUUUGUUUAUACAGUUAUAACGCCAAUGCUGAAUCCACUGAUCUAUACACUUAGGAAUAAAGAAUUUAAAGCUGCUUUGAAGAAUAUAUAUAAAAAGAAAAUGAAUUUGUUUUUCAGUUAA